AUGUUCAGUCUUUUGAAAUCCAUUGCCAUCCUCUUGGUGGCCUGUUUGGCUGCUUUGGUUUACGUAUCGGCUGCUCCAGUUGAGCGUCCAGUCAAUGGCGCAGUUGAAGCAUCUGACAUUGAGAAAGCAAGUUUCAACUCUUUGAAUGACAUCUACAAGCCUCACUAUGAUCGAUAUUACGCUAAAUUCGCCUCUAAUUCUCUUGUUGCUAGAAACCAUGAACACGAUGACCAUAAUGGCGACGAUGAUAACGAUUCUUGCAACGGUAGAGAUGACGACCAUGAUAGCUGCGAUAAUGACGAUGAAUCUUGUGAUAAUUGUGAUAAUGAACAUGAUGACUGUCAUGACAAUGGCUCUUGCAACCGUCAAGGUAAUGAUCAUAACGGAUGCGGUGAUGAUGGCUCGUGCGAUGAUGAACAUGAUGGACGUGAAGAGAGCACAGGAAACGAACCACACUCUUCUACUUCUGUUACUGUAAUUUAUCCUCCCUCCCCACCACUUGCACCCUUUCCUCCAUUCCCUCCUCCAGCUACCUUCCCUCCAUUCCCUCCAUCUUCUUAG